AUGUUGAUUUGCUUUCUUUUGUGUCUAUUACUCUGUACGAUCAUUGCAAAUGGAUCAAAUUGUCUGCCUUCUUCGACUUAUCCUCCAUUAGAUCGACCUGGUCCAUCUUACACAGUUCCACGAUGGAACCUCUCUCAAUCUUUGGUAUGCCAUGCGGGAACGAAUCAUCACAAACGAUGGAUUCUAUUUUUACCGGGUUCAACUGAAGAAGUUCAUGAAUUGUAUAGUUGGAAUUGGAUGAACAUCAUGAAAAGGAUACAUUGGCCAUUUUGUACGUUACAGUUACCCGAGAACGGUUUGGGUGAUCUACAAAUAGCUGCAGAAUAUAUAGUUCAUUCAGUACGAAAGUUGCACCGAAGGGCCGUUCGAGAGAAGAAGAAAGGUAUUCGUUCGAAAACACGUAUUCAUAUCGUUGGCCAUUCACUUGGCGGAGCUCUUCCGCGUUUUGCACUUCGAUUUUGGCCAGAUAUACGAUCAAUGGUCUAUCAAUUGAUCGCCUUCGGAGCAACGAAUCAUGGAACAUCGAUGGCUGAUACAGCGUGUCAAGCGUUUCGUUGUCCGAUCUCGGUAACUCAACAACGGAUCAACUCCUCAUUUCUUUGUGCCAUGAACUCUUAUCAAGAAUCGUUUUCUUCGAUAAGAUACCUCAAUAUUCUGUCGAAAUUCGAUGAAAUCGUGCGUCCGGUGGAAAGUAGUGAAAUUCACGGUGAAACUGUCACAAAUAUCUACAUUCAAGAUAUUUGUCCACUUCGAAUCUUUUCCGAACAUCUCAGUGCAGGAAUUUAUGAUUAUUGCGGAUAUUUUCUAACAAUGAAUGCAUUAAAUUCUCGAUCGUUGAAAAAUAUUUCCAAGGAAGAAUGUUGUUCGCAAAUCUUGAUGCCUGGUAUUGAUACGCCGACAACAGAAUUUCUUUCCAAAGUUCUCUAUUCGGCUGAAGAACAUGCCAGACAAUUACUUAUGCAUUUUGGAGAAAUCAAAGACGAACCGGAACUAAGAUGUGUAUUUCGAAUGGAUUGUUUAACAAGAAAGAAGAGAGUCAAGCAAAUGAGAUUAAGAUAA